AUGGCGUGUCCCGAUCUGUCAUCUAUGGAGGGUCUUCUAACCCUGCCCAGCAUUCGAAGCCAGAUGGACAGCAACAACCAGGUGGCUGUUGACUUUCUGUUUCCAAACGGCAUCCUGGUUCCACUAGAGGUCAACUAUUUUUCACCUCUUGACCAAGUCAAGCAGAUUAUCUGGAGAGAGGUGCACAACUACCCACUGUCCCACAACCUCUUGUCCCAGGAUGCUUACAGCUUCGUCUUUAUCAACAAACUCGGGGAACGGGAGGAGGUCCUAGACGAGAGCCAAAACCUGGAGGAGCUGCAGCCGUUCCUUGGCCUGUUUCAGGUAGUGAAAAAGAAAGGGGACACCACUUCAAAGACUUUAGACAAGAAUAUCAAUUUCCUUAUUGGACGAGGUCUGCAAAAACAGGAGUCGUUUCAAGCUGCAGAAAUUAACCAUUUCAGGGAGAAGAUGAUGACACUGUGUCGGGAGAUCACAGCACAGAGACGGUCGCAGACACCUCUGGAGAAGUUUAUGUGGCGAUACCCUGUCCGUCUUCGCAGCACUGCAGACUUACCCAAGGAGCUGGAGGGGAGAAUCACCAAUGACUGUAUUGUUGUUGAUAUCGGAUUUGGUGAUAGUGGGGUAUGCUACAAGCUGCGGGUCAACCACCUGUGGACCCCCCAAGAGACAGUGCAUGCAGCUCUCAUCAAGCGAAGCAACAACCUGGGCGUUCCCUUGGAGGACAGCGAGCUCUACCUGCUUAAGGUCAUAGGUCAGGAAGAGUUUCUCUAUGGGGACUAUCCUUUGAUCCAGUUUAAGUAUGUAUACCAGUGCCUAGUCAAAAACACAGCUCCACAUUUCUGGAUGGUUCUCCGGUCCACCUUGCCAGAAGCUACGCCCCCUGUCCCUCAACGGCGGCCGACUCUGUACAAUCUGAACAGUGUGUCAGCUGGCAAGGAGAACGGCACCAAAACUGACAACAACAUCAUCGUCUGGAAUAUCAAGAUCCCCUACAGGAUACAGAUCAAAGGCAUCUCUAAGCUACAGCUUGCUGAUGGUUCAAAGAUCAAGUUAUACAUCGGCGUCUACCACGGAGGUGAGUCCUUGUGUAAAGAGAGGGAGACAGAUGAAUUGACUGUCAUGGACAGGACCUGUAAUGUCAAGUCAGACAUCGUCUUUGAUAUACAAGUGGCAGAUCUGCCUCAUGCUGCCAGGCUGUGCUUUGCCCUCUAUACCAUCGGCAACAACACCAAGAGAAAGGACUUGAGCUCAUGGGUGAACAUUCCAAUCUACGACUUCAAGUUGCGGCUCCAGAGAGGGGACCGGGAGCUGCCUAUGUGGCCACAGGACCUCUUGCAGCAGCCAGAGGAGCACUGCUACCCUCUAGGCGGUGUGUCCUUGAACUGCAUGUGCAUGGACGCCACGUUCCUCAAGAUCAGCUUUCCCGACGUGGCAGAUGUCGGCGGUGGCUACCUCAUUUACCCUCCGUACGACACGGUGCUGGAGUGUGCCUCUAUGAACAUGGAACCAGAUGGGAGCCAGGGAUCUCCUAGUAUGAAGGUGAGCAAGUCGCACCUGGAGCAACUGCAUCAGGCACUCAACCAGUCAGAUCAGCUCUUUGAGCAAGACAAGGACCUCAUCUGGCUGCUUCGGUACGAGGUCCGGCACAGGUUCCCUCAUGCUCUAGCCAAGGUGCUGCAGUCUGUCAAGUGGAACAGUUACGUUGAUGUUGCCAAGAUGACAGCACUGUUGCAGACGUGGCCUCCACUGGCCGUGGACUACGCCCUUGAGAUUCUGGAUUUUGAGUACCCCGACCGAAACGUUCGGGAGUUUGCUGUCAAAUGUUUGAACAAUGAGCUCAG